AUGCUGGACAUCGGUCGAUGGUCUCGCGCCAGUCCCUCGAAGCGUCGAUCAAGAACUGCGGUUGGACAAAACAAUGGAUUGCAGCACUGCGGUUGCUCCGCGAAGAAAUUCGAUUGGGUGUGCAACUCGUCCCCAGCCACUACAUUGCAACUGCCACCGCAUGCAGGAAAGGCGGGCAAUGGCAACACGCGUUGUCAGUGCUCAGUGAGAUGUGGGAGACGAAGUUGGAACCCGACCCCUAUCAGCUAUAACGCUGGGAUCAGCGCGUGCGAGAAGGGCGAGCAGUGGCAGCGGGCCCUGGCGCUGCUGAGCGAGAUGUGGGAAGCGAAGCUGGAGCCCGACGUCAUCUUCAGCUACAGCGCUGGGAUCAGCGCGUGCGCGAAGGGUGAGCAGUGGCAUCGGGCGCUGGCGCUGCUGAGCGAGAAGUGGGAGGCGAAGCUGGAGCUCGACGUCAGCUACAGCGCUGGGAUCAGCGCGUGCGAGAAGGGCGAGCAGUGGCAGUGGGCACUCGCGUUGUUGAGCGAGAUGUGGGUGGCGAAGUUGGAGCCCGACUCAGCUACAGCGCUGGGAUCAGCGCGUGCGACAAGGGCGAACGGUGGCAGUGGGCGCUCGCGCUGCUGA